UCCACUUUAUAGCGUCUUUGUAGACGAAGUAUAUCUCGAACAUGGAAGGAGCCUAGCUAGUAGCCAUCUUGGUCUUCCGAACCGGUGCACGUCAUGUGACGUUCCUAAACACGCUAAAAUAAUACAUACGUCACUGCACUACACAUUUUGUUGCAUAAUUGUGAUUUGAAAUAUUUUACCUUCAUCUAAUUCUAUAUCUGGUGACGAGCUUUUGUUUUACAUGCUUUGUAUACCCAAAAACCUAGCGAUAACCACAAACCUUUCUAAAAUUAUUUUCAAAACGAACAGCAAACUCUGAUGCAUUGGGUGAUAUCUAGAUUACAACUCAACCACGAGCUUAUUUGGUCAAUCCACUUUGGCGAGGAUUUAUAAUGCAGCCAUGAUAUUAAUUUCAAGAUUUGUUAACACAUGAUAACACAAAUUGAUUUGGAAGCAAGCAAAAAUUAAUCUAAGAAAAAUAUAGAUGUUACAAAGACCACAAAAAGUCAUGCAUUGGUCCACAUUCUUUGAAGAGUUUUAGUCAAGAUUGUAUUAGCUUAUUUGUGUAUGGUAUUUUUUCAGUUUAUUGGAUGAAAAGUCAUCCACUUCUGACAACUUAAGAUAGAAAACCUUGGCAAAUUUUUGAACUCUAUAAAUAUCAGUUGCAGCUUUUUUGACGAACUUUUUUGAUAGAAAUGAAAACUUGUCUUUUUGAACAGCUCAAGGUUACUGUUCACUGUUUUGACGUUUCUUGUAUCGGUUAAAAUACGAUAUGCGAUAUAAUUCUCUUGCUACUGAACGUAUGACCAGCGACCAUUUACAAUAAGACCCAUAUUUACCAACAACGAUCUAGCAAACUGUGUAUUAUAAACGGCUGCGCAACCUGCACAUUUUGCGACUAUAAUUUAAAAAACCGGCCUAUUAUCGUACUGCAUGAAAAUACAAAACAUAGUCAAUUUCUCAAGACAACUGCGCUAAGCAUGCCGGUUGCUCAAGAGCCUUUAAACAUGAUGGGAAAUCUGUACAAUAUAAUUGUAAUUAAUCAGUUUUGCAAUAGCAAUUUCAUCCACGACGCUUCUGAGAUGCACGAAAAACGCCUAUACCUUGUAACAUCACGCAACUUGAAGGUGAAAGACAAAGACCGCCGUUCUGUUUAGUGAAUAUCUUGAAUGUUUCGCGUUUUAUCGCGUGACAAGUUACAAAACAGUAUAUCGCACAGGGAGCCUGUUGAGCCCUCUUUGAUUCAUCAUUGAUUUUCGAUUUUUGAAUUGUGACGCAGGUUGCAUUUUCGUCAUUUGGCAGUGUGUAGAUAAAGCAUAUCGCAAAACAACACAUCGUGCAAGAAACACGAUGCAAAUACAAAAUGCUUUUCUUUAACCCAAUAAUCAAUUCAGAGUAUGAUAAUUUUGCCAGCGCCUAUUGUUUAUCAAAAGUUCUACGUCACAAUUCAAUGCUCAAUGUUACCAGAGAUUCAUACAAAAACUUUACAAUACUUUCCCAAAUUGAUUACCAUUGAUUUUCGCAAUAAAUCACGAGCGAAAGGGAUCUUAAUAAUUAUUCAGCAUUCAUAUUGCUGCACGCUGCAGACCAAACUUUAGCGUUCUGUAGCCCUUGGCCAUUGUUCCUAUACUCACGCCAACUUUCCUUUUCAAAAAUACAAUUAUCGCUCAGAAGCAGAAUGCCUGUUUAUUCUCAUUGCAAUAUAUUCUUUAGAAUACAAUAAUAUAUUUUUAACUUAAUUUUUCUUUGGAGGGUAAAACUAUGCAAUUAUGGUAAAACUUCCAAAUAUUAAAUAGGCAUUGUCGACAGGUGCGUUACUCUUCCAUGCAGAUAUAAUUAUAACUUUUGUUAAUACCUAUACUUAUUUGUUUCUAUCAGCGGCAGAACUAAAGACAUUUUCGUCUACGUAUUUAUGUUGCUUAGAGGACAUUUGCUUUCUUUCUUGCGUAUGGAACUUAGUUAGCCCAUUGUGCAAGGAUCUACCCUGCAAUAAAGUCGUCAACAUAGGAACUAGCGCACGUAAAAAAUAUGUCGUGUUUUCUUGAACUUACUUUAAGAUCCGCCCUCUUGCGACGGCAAUUGGGUUGAAAGCAGGUGUAUGAAUUAUUCAGGUACAGGAUGCCGCCCUUUUUGGCAAGAAAAGUGAAUAAGAAAAGAAAAUUGGCAUUCAUGAAUCAUUCACGCAUUCAGGUUUGAUUGUGACUUGAAUAGUAUGUAGUACCUAUUAUUUUCUGACUUCAAUGUAAGUAUCAGUAAAGUACGUAGUCCUUUUUAUUAAAAUCGCGUCACCUACGCAUGACGUCGUGAUGACCUGUCGAAUCAAAUUUUUGUUUUCUCAAAGUUACAGUUAUUUUCGCUGACUGUACGCCAUCAAAGUUGCUCUGGUUUGAAAGGCUGCUUUCACAAUUUCCCGGCAUUUUCAGAUACCUUUAUCAAUUUUACUUUUUUUGAUUCAGUCGAGGAUUAUCUGAAGAUUUCAACAUUUGAAUAACUGUCUACGAUGUGAACACCUUCAACCCGGAAAAUGUUGGCAAAUCUUUGCUUUUGAAGUAAACAUGAAUGGUUCAUUGGUAUAACUACAGCAAGCUGAACAGUAUUGAUUUAGGAUUCAAAGAGGUCAAGUUUACAACGCCUCUUUUUGAAGGAAGCCUCCUAAGUUAUGUUUUCAAAUUCAACAUUACAGUCCAACAGAAGUUAUGGCGACUUUUUCAAAAAUUGCCCAAACACUUUGGCGUGGAGGUUGCUCUUGCUGGAUUGUCAGUCAUACGUCUACGCUAUAGCUGUUGCUCUUGUUAUAUUGCCCACAAUAAUAUCGAAUGUUUUAUUAUUCAUUGGUAUGAUGAACACAGGGCAGUUCAAGUCAUCUUGUAAUUUGUACAUUUUUGUCUCGUCAAUUAUUGGAGUUCUAAGUGGCUUGACUGGAUUCCCAAUGUACGUCGCUCUUUUUACUUUGUAUCGCAAAGAAAGAUUCUGUAUACUCGAGAAACUUGCAGUUUGUACUGCACAAUUCAAUGGUCACAUGAUAGGGUAUGCAAUACUUGCACUGGCAAUAGAUCGCUACUUCAGUGUCCGGCCAGACUUAGCAAUGCUUUCUUUUGCCAGGCAGGUCCAAUCGAAGCUUGUAUCCCGCUUUGUCGUUGCUAUAUUUUCCGUCUUGUCAUUCCUGCAUGGCCUUGUCUCUGUCGACUACUUUACGGUGACAAAAAACCUUUACGGUAAAAUUAUAAUGAUGACUGUAAAUGUAUUGAUCGUAUUUGUUGUUUACGCCGCGUAUCUCAAGCUUUAUCACGACAUUAGAGUGCACAAUAACUCUUUUAGGAAAGCGUUUCAAACUUCAGAGACUUACAGAGUUACCACAAAGUUUAACUCAAGAACACCAAGGUAUUUACGCGAGCUUAUCAAGACAAUAUCAAUUAUAUUGGUGACUGGAAUGAUAUGCUAUGCUCCAUACAUUGCGAUGGACUUUUGGACAGGAUGGUAUACAUUUGUAAAGAAAAUACCAUCCCCACGGACAGUUCGUUUUAUCUACUAUCUAAGCUCAGUCUGUGUGUUCCUAAAUGCAUCGAUAAACGCUAUGCUGUUUUUGUACAGAAACCAGAAAGCUUGGUUAUAUGUAAAACAUCUGUUCUUGUUAUCGAAAAGACAUAGAACUCAAAGUCAGGAAUCCAUCCCAAUGAGUUUUUAUGGAGUAGAGCGAAAUGUGGCCGAAAUGGAAAAUCAUCAUCACCAUACAUACUUUAUGAGGCAUUCUGACGCUUCACUGUGUGAAUCUCCGAAAUCUACGCCAAUAUUAAAGCGGGCUGCUUUCAUCGUAGACAAUAACUCUCCCCAGUCCCCUAGGUUCGCAUGUGCUCGUGUUUAGUACAAAUCAACUGAAUUGCUUGUCGCAGAAUUAGACUUUGCCUUUGAGACUCUACUAUCUUUCUUCUUUAUUUAAAGUUUAUACAAUUUCUAGCUACGCAAAAGCUGAAUUAGGAUUGUUUGGGUAGAUGAGUAUCAGAGCUCAAUUCCUUUCGGUAAGGAAAGAUAAGAACAAAGGGGUUAUAACAGAAAAAGUAAUACUGCAAUUGUAAAUACUUCCGAAUAUUUAUCAUGGUAGAAUGAUAAGAAUGACGAUGCUUAACUUAUGAAAUAAAAACACCCAAAAUGAAUCAACCCUCCUACCUACAAAGUAAGAGAUGCUACGAUCAAUAAUCUGCUUCUAAAGUGCCAUCUCUAAGGCAUUUAUUGCUGAGUUUCCUCUUAACUGCAAUUCAUCUCCGAGUUACUAUUUAAUAAUACAGCAUUU